CUUUCCAAGUUAUUUUAUAGGUCACCGCUUAAAUGCGUUUGGUAUCGGACUCGAUGCCUCGGUUGUAUAUUUAGCCGUGCUGGCCUGGAUUCAAAUCGCGAUAUAUAAAUGAAUUCUGACUAUAACACACCCGUUUAGUCAGUACGCUCCUAUCCAGUUCGCGACAAGAUGGACAAUUCACGCCCCGAUUUAUCUCUUAUCUUGAAAGACUCCUUUCGCUACGGGUCAUCGGCAAAAACACCGGAUCACACCUCCAACAUUUACCUCCUAGGAUAUCCUAUUACGCAUUCGCUAGCUCCUGUCCUUCACAACACUUCUUUUUCCGCACAAAAAAGAAUCGCCAUCGGGGCCAUCAACACCGUCUUCAUCCGGCGGGACGAUUCCGGCCGGAGGUACAUCGGGACCAACACGGACAGCAUCGGGGUUCGAGAAGCGUUUCUGCAGAAUAUCGCGACAAAGAAAGAUCUGGAAUACGGGAAGACAAAGCCUGCGCUCGUGAUCGGAGGCGGUGGUGCAUGUCGGAGCGCUAUUUAUGCCCUUCAUCGUUGGCUUGGUGUGAAUGAAAUCUACAUUGUCAAUCGCGUUCGAUCCGAAGUCGACGACAUCAUCGCGUCGUUUGCCAAAUUGAUUUCCUUCCAUGCCAGUCUUCGUUUUGUUGAAGAUCUAUCUUCAGCUCAGGAAUUGCCCGCUCCGUUCUUCGUCGUAGGCACUGUUCCCGAUUGCGCACCACAAACUCAGGGUGAAAUCACAGCUAGUCUCUGUACGCGGGAAUUGCUGAGCCGGAACGGAAAGAAGGGAGUGGUUCUAGAGAUGUGUUACCAUCCAAAAAUCCGAACGUCGUUUCUAGAUUUUGCAGAAGAUGCUGGAUGGACCGUCAUUCCGGGGACGGAGGCUUUGCUAUGGCAAGGUAUCGUUCAACAGAUUCUUUGGUCGAGGCUUCGAGUGCGGCAAUUGAGGCCCGGAGGGUAA